GAAGAAAGAAGACGUCACACCGACGGCCUCCAAUCACGUUUCAAGAGGCGGCCUUAGAGCGGGCUUAUCUGAUUGGUGGAAAGAGAUAAAUCACGUGCUCUCUGUCUUUGGCUCCGCCUCCUCUUCAAGGAAGAUGGAAUUUAAAAUUGAACACACAUGGAAUAGCUUGCCACUAUCUCAUGAUCCAAUAGUGAUUAAGCUGACACCAGAAAAUUCAGGAAUACUUAUGGAAGUGAGUGCUCCAUUUUUUAAUGAUCCUCCAGCUCCUCCUGGUGAGGCAGGAAAACCAUUCAAUGGACUGUGGGACUAUGAAGUUUUGUGCAUCAAGCAAGGUUUGUGUACAUUGAACCAGCAGAAACAAAGGUUCACCAUCUCAGCCACCUAUGUAGACAAAUUUGGAUUUUGGAGUAUUUUGGAUUUCCAGAUAAGAGCUUCUCAGUUGGACUGUGUUACCUUUACUGGUAGACCUCAAAUAUGCAUUCAACAGAAAGUUGUAGAAGCAUUCUUCCUGAAUGGCCAAACUCAACAAUACUUAGAAGUGGAACUCUGUCCGCAUGGGCAGCAUCUUGUAUUGUUGCUUUCUGGCAGACGGAAGGUAUGCAAACAAGAGCUCCCUUUAACAUUUGAAGUGUCAAGAACAAGUACCAAUUGGAUUGGCAAAGCUCAUCUGCCUUGGAGCUAUUUUCCACCAGCCACUGACAAAUUUAAUGCAUUUGCAAUUCAUGGAUCAGGUGUGGAUAGAACAUAUGAAGCUCUCUUCCCUAUACCUCAGCUUGAGAUUCAGAAAGAACAGAAGCCUGAUUUCCAUCGCUUAGAAUAUUUUAAACGUUUCAACCUAAAACUCUUAAUGGGAGAUGCCUGGAAGCAGCCUGAUUCAGACCUGUGGGCAUUAUGCAAACAUAAUAAUUAGAUAAUAAGGACAAGAGGUAGGAUACCAGCUAAUAUGAAGUAGGAAAGAAAAUGGGAGGAACAUUUUUUGUGUGUGAAGCUAUGCAUCUGUAUUCUAAAGGACUGAAAUCAAAAUGUAAUCCAGUUGUGUGUUUCAAUGAAUCAGUGAUGGAUGCUGCUUGGGAGAUGAACUGAAGAAUAAUAUUUUCCCUGUUACGCUGGCUGGACUAUUCUUGGGUUUUGAGAAUUCACCUUUUUGCAACCUGGGCAUGUAUUUGUUACAUUUCCAGUAAAAUCUACUGAGCUUGUGCAUAAUAUAUUCUGUUGCUUCUGUA